UUCGGAUACAGUGGACAGUCAAUUGGUGUGCAAGUGCGACAACAGAGGCAGAAUACUUGAUGCUAUGCCUCUGAUCUGUGUCGUCUGAACAAUCCUACAAAUCCUGAGGCGCCUGAGGGCGUUGCUCAUCCCCCCAACAUGCUUCAACCAAGGAUACCGCUGCGCUCUCUGUGCAGGAAAUGCCAAUCCUCCACGCCCUUCCUCCGUCGCUCGUAUGCGCAAGUCAUCGAUCCCGUACACCCUAGUGCAUCCGUGCUAGAUGCAGCCCAUACAGGCCUCCAGUCAGCCGAGUCGCAAGACAGGGUUGCACCACCGAAAGGAGAGGUACGACUUCGACGGUACACUCCACGAACUCCCGGUAUCCGUCAUUUGGUCAGACCGGUCAAUGACCAUCUAUGGAAAGGCCGGCCGUGGUUCGACCUGACUUUUCCGAAAAAGGGCCAUGGAAAGGGUGGCCGCAAUAAUACCGGGCAUGUUGUCGUUCGGCAUCGUGGUGGUGGUCAUAAGAGAAGAAUCCGCAUGGUGGACUUUGCCAGGCGGAAAGGCGGCAAGCAUAUCGUCGAGCGGAUAGAGCACGACCCGGGUCGAACGGCUCAUAUUGCCCUGGUGAAAAAUGUCAACGAUGGGACACGGUCGUAUAUUCUGGCCGCUGAAGGAUUGCGGCCCGGUGAUGUCGUUGAAAGUUAUCGGUCUGGUCUUCCUGAAUCGUUGAUCCAGGAGAUGGGCGGACAGAUGGACCAGGGUGUUAUUGCGACCAAAACCGCCCACAAAGGCAACUGCUUGAAACUCGGUAUGAUCCCCAUUGGCACACCGAUUUUCAACAUUGCUCCGACACGCGACUCGAUUGGGAAGAUCUGUCGGAGCGCAGGAACGCACGGGAUUAUAAUAGGAAAGGGUGAAGAUACUGUCCAGAAGGAGAUGAUCAAACUCAUUGGAGACAGCGGGAAUACCGACAUGUCGUCGUUGAGCCCGGAUCAGUUGAGGAAGUUCGAAAAAGCUGCCAAUUAUGUCACGGUCCGGCUCUCAAGUGGUGAGGUUCGACUUAUUGACAAAGAGGCGGUUGCAACCAUUGGUGUGGCAAGCAACAUCAAUUUCAAGUACACCUCGCUCGGAAAGGCUGGACGUGCACGAUGGCUGAAUAUUCGACCAACCGUUCGUGGUCUUGCCAUGAACGCAGCCGAUCAUCCUCACGGUGGUGGUCGAGGUAAAUCCAAGGGUGACCGCAUUCCUGUCAGUCCUUGGGGUGUUCCGGCCAAAUCCGGCUACAAGACCAGACCGAAGAACAAGGUCAAUCCUUUGGUUAUCACGCAACGGCCUAGAAACCAAGGCAGACGUCGCAGAGGAUACGCUUAGAUUAGAAUAUGUAUCAAUACUAUGAGCCUAAUCCGGUCGACGGCGGUGACAGGUCUUCUUUUCAUGGAACAA